AUAAUUUCUUCUUAUUGUUUGGAUAAAGAAAGACGUAGUAGCCUGUACCAUGUCAUAUUCGGAUUCAAUUUGAUGUUCAUUGGUAAGUAUUAUAUCAAAAAUUCAUCACCAACCGACUCAAUGGUUGAUUGUAGUCUUCUCUACGCUUGCCACUUGUUCAAUCAAAUCUUGUAUAUUCUUACAAGUACAACUAUGACACCUGUCUGGUGAACAAUUCAAGUUGGAUUGCAAACUAGAUAAAUUUUCUAAAGAAUAAUUAGACCUGGGCAUCAGUUAAGUAGCUUAGCUUUUCUUUUUUUUUUGCCUAUGAAGAUCAACUAAGAGCAUCUUCUAGUUCAAAUAGGCCUAGAACAAAUGAUGAUUUCUAACGAGUCCAAGGACUCAACGAUUGUUGGAACUUUUGCUUGCAUUAUAUUAUUUGGUCUAUAACAUUCGAGAUUAUGCAGACUCAAACAAUAUUUUUCUUUGAACUGUUUGAAAGUUGUCCAUUUUUGCCUAUGAAGAUCAGCUAAGAGCAUCUUCUGGUUCUAAUAGGCCUAGAAUAAAGGAUGAUUUCUAAACGAGUCUAAGGACUCUAUGAAUGUUGGAACUUUUGCUUGCAUUGUAUUAUUUGGUCAAUUUACCAUAAUUGAUAACAUUUGAGAUUAUACAGACUCGUACAAAAUUUUCCUUUGAACCGUUUGAAAGUUGUUCAUUUUUGCCUAUGAAGAUCAGCUAAGAGCAUCUUGUAGUAUUAAUAGGCCUAGAACCAAGGAUGAUUUCUAAACGAGUCCAAGGACUCUAUGAAUGUUAGAACUUUUACUUGUAAUGUAUUAUUUGGUCUAUGUACCAGAGUUGAUAACAUUCGAGAUAAUGCAGACUCAUACAAAAGUUUCCUUUGAACCGUUUGAAAGUUGUGUCCAUUAAGUCAUGAGAGUACGAAUGGUUUCUUUUUCAUCUUCAGGAAGAAAGAAGAACCAAAAGUUUGGCCUAUUUAUUUGGCAGAACAAAGGAUGAUUUCUUUCUACCAUUUGUCUUUUCCUUCUAGCUAAAACUCAGAUAAAUUACUUACUCUUGAGAAAGGGUAAUAGAGGCCUUUGUAAGGACGUAAGAUUAUCCCAAGUGAGAAUCUUACUACCGGACAUAAACUUUUGGUGAUGGACUUGGAUUGAGCGAGCAAGUAGGAAAAAGAUUAAUUUUCGACUAAGUAAAUAUGAGGUAGCUUGACCCCUGCCCUCUCUACGUAAAUGAGAGAGAAGUUGAUGACGAUGGGAGCUUGUAGGAGUACUGGAGAUGUGUAUAACAUGGGGAUAAGACAACUAGUUGCAUUAAGGAAGGAACUAGAGAGGUACCAGGGUGUUGAGGGGUAACUUUGGUGGUCGAGAAAGUUCAAGGCUAAGUAGAAGCAUAAGAUUGCUUUCGCAAAGUUGGUAAAAUGAAGGACGAGGAGGAAAUACGAACGCAUAAGGAAAUCUAUAAGGCAACGAAAACGGAGGCUAAGUUAGUGGCUACAAUAGCAAAACGACAGUUUUCGAACGACUAUAUGAUAAACUAGGAGACAAAGGCGGAGAUAAGAAACUGUAAAGGCUCGCGAAGGCGAGAGAGGAGGCCCGAGACCUAAAUCAAGUGAAGUGUAUCAAGGAUGAAGAAGACAUGGUGUUGGUAGAAGAGAUCCUCAUUAAACAAAGAUGAUAAGCUUACUUCUACAAACUAUUGAACGAAGAAGGGAAUAGAGACAUUGUGCUAGGUGAUUUGGAGCACUCAGAGAGAUAUCGAGAUUUUGUGUACUGUGAGUGUAUUAAGGUUGAGGAGGUGAAGCGCGCUUAUAGUAGUUAGUGCAGGGGGAGAGCGACUAGACUAGAUGAGAGUCCGAUGGAGUUUUGGAAAAACAUAGACAUGACAAGUAUGAUGUGGUUAAAUAGUUUGUUUGAUGUCAUUUUUAAGAUAACAAAAAUGCCCGAGGAGUGGAGGUGGAGUAAAUGGUUCUGUUGUACAAAAACAAGAGUGAUAUCCAAGUAGUAACAAUUACAUGGGUACCAAGUUGCCAGCUAAACUAAAAAAGUCUGGGAAAGAGUCGAGCAGAUGAGGGUGAGGCGAGACGUGUCAAUUUUCGAGAACCAGAUUGUAUUCUUGCUGAGGCUAUCGACUACAAAAGCCUUCCAUCUUGUGAGGAGAUUGGUGAAGAAAAAUCAGGAAAGGAAGAGUGACUUACAUGCGGUAUUCAUUGAUUUUGAAAAGGCUUAUGACAAUUCCUGGAGAGAAGUCAUAUGGAGAUGCUUGGAAGCAGAGGUGUACCAGUGGCUCACAUUAGGGCGAUAAAGGACGUGUAUGAUGGAGCCAAAACUCGGGUUAGAAUGAUGAGAAAAGACUUAGAGCACUUCCCAAUUGAGCUGGGGUUGCACCAAGGAUCAGUUCAGGUUGCAGGGUUCAUGGUUAUGAAAAUAAUUUGUAUUAUCCUUUUGAGGAAAUAAAGAUUUCUUUCAACUAAAUAUUUAGCAUUUUAUUUUUUUGUUUAUUGUCAGGUGUACCUAGGCUCUUCGAACUUGAAAUAGAUGAUUAGAUCUCUCGUCUUGAAGAGCGACGUAUUGGUAGGACUCCUUGUGAGUUGGGCUCACUAUUGCAGUAUAUGAAGAAUUUCCAUGCUCUAGUAGUAGAUAUGGUUCUCCUAUGAUCACUGCAGUGGUAUCUGAUCUAGAUCUGAAGAAUUUGAUUGACGUCGUAAAUAAUAAAUUUCAAGCUAAUGAGAAAUGGGAAGAUGUCAUUAACCGGAGAACAGAUCGUUUUUCCUACUGUGCACGGUGUUGUAAACUGAAGGAUGAGCCUCUUAAAUAUCUAAGUGUCACUGUAUUUGAAAAUUGCUCUGUUGAGAUGCUAAGAGAUUUUUACAUGGACAAUGAUUUCCGGAAAAUUUGGGACAAAACCUUGAUUGAGCAUAAGCAGUUGCAGGUGGAUUCAAGCAGCGGAACUGAAAUUGGACUCAUGAUAAAGAAGUUUCCACUAUUGACUCCCAGAGAGUACAUAUUAGCUUGGAGAGUGUGGGAAGGCAAUGACGGAUCCUUCUACUGUUUUACCAAGGAAUGUGAAUAUCCUUUGGCACAAAGAAAGAAGAAGUAUGUCAGGGUUAGGCUCUUUAGAUCUGGUUGGAGAAUCAAGAAAAUUUCUGGUAGGAAUGCCUGUGAGAUUCAAAUGGUACACCAAGAAGAUGCUGGUCUUAACGUUGAAAUGGCAAAACUAGCCUUUGCAAAAGGCAUAUGGAGCUAUGUUUGUAAAAUGGAUGAUGCACUUCGCCAAUACAAAGCAGUUGACCACCAUUCUCAAUUGACUUCAGGUGUGACUGCCGUCACGUUAAUUCAAAAGGUUCCACUUGGGUUAGACACCUUAGACCACACAAGGGGACUAAUCAAUCCAGAAAUCUGCACAAGUAGUGACUAUUGCGGUGGAGUGUCACGUGAAUGCAAUGCUAGGGAACAGAGAAAUGAGCCAUCAAGCAAUCUGGUGCCAAAUAUGCUAAUGCUCCUGGGUGGUGCAAUCUGCAUGUCUAGAGGGCUCUCUAACUUGGGAUCAAAGGUUGCCAUGGCAUGUAUCCUGAGUAAGCUUGUGAAACUCAAUGGCAUGAGAAGCAAAAACUUACAGAGAUUUAGCCAGAUAGAGGUUCAGACACGCGAAGAAUGUACGAUGAUAAGUGAAGAUGAGCUUCAGUGCGACUACUCAAGUGUCACCUCUUGAGUAGGAACGCAGCUGUGCAUGUUUAUGUGGUUUCAAGAAACAUAUGUUAGUUAUUUUUAAAAAAAAAAAAUUUCUCCAAUUACCCCUUUCCGCUAUUGAACCAUGAAUGUGGAUUGGACGAUUCUAUCGCUCUAAUCUUCAUUGUUAUCGGAAGCUUUUAAGCCAGUGUCAUUUAAUUAUAAGUGUUAUGUCAUUUUAUUGGAUGAUUAACUAUGCUCUAUUAUGCUAAAAUUAUAAUGUUGGAUUUAAUAUAAAAUUUUUUAGUA